AUGUCGGACGAUGUGCGACAUCGAAAACCGGCUGAAAAUCAAAAUCAGCUAAAAGUUCCGCAAAAAGACGAGAUUCGUCCGACGAGCGAUGAAAGCGAUAUGGACAUGUUAUUACAGGAUGAAGAAAGGUCAGCCACGUUUUUUUUUUGUUUCUCACGUGUCCUUUUUUUGAAAAUAAUUUUAUUCAUUUCAAAUAAUUAUUUUGAACAAAGAAAAAGUAUUUGCAUUUCUAAUUUUUGUGAUGAGAAAACGACGAGAAAUCAAUGAAAAUCAAGAUUUUUUCAUCUUUGAUGACAAUGAUGAGAGGUAAAAUUUUUUCAGUGAUGCUCCAAAAGUUGAAAAAGAAUCGGAGUAAGUCGCGAAAAUGUUGUGAUUGUGAAAAAUUAUGACGUGGCAAAGUCGCAAACUUUGCCACGUGGUUCUCCCAAAUCCCUACGAUAAUCAAUAAAUACUUUUAUUCCAGGAUGGAAAAGUUGACAAAAGCCAUUCCGCAAGAUAAGGGAAGUCUGGGAGCAUUUGCCGAUUCGCUGCUCGAAACUCUGCCGCCAAAAUGGCGAAAUUGGGUGGUUCGCGGUGUGUUCACAGUGAUUAUGAUCUCGAGUUUUUCGUUUAUUGUGAAUCGCGGUGCCACGUGGCUUAUGGCGUUGGUGAGUGUAUAUAAACCGCGAGCUUGCGCGAAGCGCCGCUAUCUUCCGCGAACGCACAGGCUCCUCCAGGCGGCGGUGUGAAAAAAAAUUGCCACGUACACAAAAUUUCGUGGUUUUUCACGUUUUUAUUUUGCAAUUUUUCAUCUUUUUAAAAUCGAAGUUUGAGGUGAAUUUUGAAACUUUUUGAAAUUUUUCAAAAACUAAGUUUGUAGAGGGAGAGAUUCUCUACAAGGUGAUAUAAAUUUUAUAUGGAAUUUCGACGAUUAAACAUGAGUUUUUGAGGCGGAAAACUAUGAUCGUUUUCAAAAAUUUCGAAAAAAGUUUGAAAAUUUUUUACAAAAAUUUGAGAUGUUUUUUUCAAAAAUCGGCUCGCAAUGAAUUGUUCAGCGCAUCAAGGAAUUCGAACGCGGUAAAUUUGCGGAACACCCCGUUUUUUCCAUUUCUAACCCAUAUUUUCCAGGUGUUCCUGAUCCAAUUCAAAUGUUUCCAAGAAAUCAUCUCGAUCGGUCUGGCUGUCUAUCGAUUAUACGAUUUUCCGUGGUUUCGAGCGCUGUCCUGGUAUUUCCUGCUCACCUCCAAUUAUUUCUUCUUUGGCGAAAGUCUGAUCGAUUAUUGGGGAAUUUUGUUGAGAAAAGAUGUGAGUUUCCAGAAUUUCAGCCUGCAAAAAAUUCUCCAUUUUCAGAAUUUCCUUCAUUUUAUGGUCGCCUAUCACCGUUUGAUUUCAUUUGCUCUUUAUUGCAUCGGAUUUGUCAGUUUUGUUUUGUCGUUGAAGAAAGGAUAUUAUAUGCGACAGUUUUCAUUGGUAAUUAAUUUUCUGAAAUUUUAGUUGAUUAAUUAAUUAUCUAACUUAAAAAAAAUUGCAGUUUGCCUGGACUCACAUUUCUCUUCUUCUAAUCGUCAGUCAAUCAUUCUUCAUUAUUCAAAAUAUUUUCCAAGGAUUGAUUUGGUGAGAUUUUUUCUAUUUUUUAUAUGAUGCGGAAUUUUCCGCUUCUGCAAAAGCUCGCGGUUCAAAAAAUUGUGAAAUUUGAGAAACCCGGAAAAUGUAGGUUUCAAAAAUAAUGGAAAUAUUUUUCCUCACCUCUCCGAAUUGAUUCUGCUUCUAUUAUCGAUUAAUAACUUCAGAUUUUCGAAAUUAAAUUGUAUUUUUCUUUUUUUUUUCGCAUUCGGAAUUUUCCGCAUUCGCAGAAGCUCGCGGUUCAAAAAUUGUGAAAUUUAAGAAACCCGGAAAAUGUAGGUUUCUAAAAUAAUGGAAAUAUUUUUCCUCGCCUCUCUGAAUUGGUUUCUCAUCUAUUAAUAUUUUCAGAUUUUCGAAAUUAAAUUUUUAUUUUCUUUUUUUCCGCAUCCGCAGAAAGCUCGCGGUUCAAAAAAUUGUGAAAAUUGAGAAACCCGGAAAAUGUAGGUUUCAAAAAUAAUGGAAAUAUUUUUCCUCACCUCUCUGAAUUGAUUCCGCUUCUAUUAAGCAUUCCAGAUUUUUGAAAUUAAAUUGUAUUUUCCUUUUUUUCCGCAUCCGCAGAAGCUCGCGAUUCAAAAAAUUGUGAAAUUUAAAUUUUUUUUUUUAGAAAAAUUAAAUUAAUCAAUUGAGAAACCCGGAAAAUGUAGGUUUCAAAAAUAAUGGAAAUAUUUUUCCUCGCCUCUCUGAAUUGAUUCCGCUUUUAUCAAUAAUUUCGGAUUACUAAAUUAAAUUGGGUUUAAUUUUGAAUUUUUCAUUCAGUAUUUUCUGACAAUCCAAGUUUCAAAAAAAAUUUCUGAAUUUAAAAGUUCAAAAUGUUGUUUGUUCCAGGUUCCUCGUCCCGGUCGCGAUGAUUAUUUGCUGUGACGUCAUGUCCUAUAUGUUCGGAUUCUUCUGGGGAAAAACUCCACUUAUCAAGUUAUCCCCGAAGAAAACUUGGGAAGGAUUCAUUGGCGGCGCAUUUUCAACAGUCAUUUUCGGCAUUCUCCUCUCGCUUUUCUUAUACAAUCGCCCAUUUUUCGUGUGUCCCCUUCAAAAUUAUCAAAUCGACAAUUCGAAUUGCACAAUUCCGCUGUCAUUUCAAACUCAAGAAUAUGCGGUCCCAAAACCUUUCUCAUUUAUAUACAAAGUUCUACGAAAAGAUCCCGUCAUCCAUAUUUUCCCCUUCAUUUUCCAUUCGAUUUCAAUGUCACUUUUCGCUUCGAUUUUGGGACCUUUUGGUGGAUUUUUUGCCAGUGGAUUCAAGCGGGCUUUCAAAAUUAAGGAUUUCGGAGAUGUUAUUCCGGGACACGGUGGUUUGAUGGAUCGAUUUGAUUGUCAAUUAUUGAUGGGAACUUUUGUUAAUGUGUAUAUUUCGACGUUUAUUAGGUGAGCUUUUUUUCUGGGCUUGGAAAAUUUAUCAAGAAAUUUUACGGUGGAACUCUGAAAUUCUUUUGAAAAAUUUGAAUUCCCAGGCUCAUUUUUUACUCAAAACGGGAAAAAAUCAGAGAAACCUUCCUCAAAACUAGGAUUUUUGGAAAAUUUAUAAAAGAGGAAUUGUUUUAGCUUUUUUCCUUCUAAAUUUUGACCUACUGAUCCUCAUUAUCAAAAACUGCAAAGCUCAAUUUUUGACAUAAGUUAUGACGUGGCAAAAUUCGAAAAUCGUGAAUUCAGAAUUUGAAAGAUGGUUUUCAUGAAAAUCUGAUAUCACAGCCACGCUGCUAUCAGAUUUUCAUGAAAAUCCAUUUUCGAACCUAAAUAGCCACGAUUUUCGAAUUCUGCCACGUCAUAACUCAUAUUUAGAGUUGAGUUUUGCAGCUUUUGACAGCAGAAUCGUGAUCAGCGGGUCGAAAAAUUGAUGAAAAACCUUCAAAAUCAAUAUUUUCAGAAUUCCGGACGCUACAAAACUAGUCACUCAAAUCCUCUGGCUCGACCCACAGGAACAAAUCAUUGCUUUUAACACAUUGAAAGAAGAAUUGAUUAGAAAUGGACUACUUCAUCAUUAA